AUGGACCCAAUCAUUGUUUGUUCCAAUACCUUCUGGUGCAUUCAGUACAUUGAGUCAUUAGCAAAACUGGCUUACCAUCAGUUGGAAAAGGGCAACCUGAUCUUCUACGAGAAAGAUCUCAAAGAGAGUGGCAUUGAUGUCAGUGGAGCCUCGGUGUGUUCAGGAGUGUUCACAGAGAUCUUCAAAGAGCAACGUGGGAAGACGAAGGAUAAAAAAAUGAUGUUCAGCUUCAUUCAUCUGAGUGUUCAGGAGUUUCUGGCUGCUCUCCAUGUCGAGAGCGCAGUCAUUAACAGAAAAAAGAACGUGAUGUUUGGGCGAAGUCUGGUUCAACAAAUGCGAAUGGUUUUCACCCUAAAAUCUACUAUGUUUAAGGUGCACAGGUCAGCUAUUGACAAGGCCUUACAGAGUCCAAAUGGACACCUGGACCUGUUCCUCCGCUUCCUCCUGGGUCUUUCACUGGAGACCAAUCAGAACCUCCUCAAAGACUUGCUGGCUCAGGAAGGAAGUAGCUCACAGACCAAUCAGGAUACAGUGGAGUACAUCAAGAAGAAGAUCCGUGAGAAUCUGUCUGCAGAGAGAAGCAUCAAUCUGUUCCACUGUCUGAAUGAACUGAAUGAUGGUUCUCUAGUGGAGGAGAUCCCACAGUCCCUGAAUUCAGGAAUUCUCUCCACGGAUGAACUGUCUCCUGCUCAGUGGUCAGCUCUGGUCUUCAUCUUAUUGUCAUCAGAAGACGAUCUGGACAUGUUUGACCUGAAGAAGUACUCUGCUUCAGAGGAUGUUCUUCUGAGGCUGCUGCCAGUGGUCAAAGCCUCCAAAAAAGCUCUGCUGAGUGGCUGUAACCUGUCAGAGAGAAGCUGUGAAGCUCUGUCCUCAGUUCUCUCUGAGUCCUCUAGUCUGAGAGAGCUGGACUUAAGUAACAACAACCUCAUGGAUUCGGGAUGGGAGCUGCUUUCUGCUGGACUCAAGAUUCCACACUGUAAACUGGAGACUCUCAGGCUGAGUGGCUGUAACCUGUCAGAGAGAAGUUGUGAAGAUCUGUUCUCAGUUCUCAGCUCAGAGUCCUCUAGUCUGAGAGAACUGGACCUGAGUAACAACAACCUGCAGGAUUCAGGAGUGAAGCUGCUUUCUGCUGGACUGGAGAAUCCACACUGUAAACUGGAGACUCUCAGGCUGAGUGGCUGUAAUCUGUCAGAGAGAAGCUGUGAAGCUCUGUCCUCAAUUCUCCACUCAGAGUCUUCUAGUCUGAGAGAGCUGGACCUGAGUAACAACAACCUGCAGGAUUCAAGAGUGAAGCUGCUCUCUGUUGGACUGGAGAGUCCACAAUGUAAACUGGAGACACUCAGGCUGAGUGGCUGUAACCUGUCAGAGAGAAGUUGUGAAGAUCUGUCCUCAGUUCUCAGCUCCCAGUCAUCUAGUCUGAGAGAGCUGGACCUGAGUAACAACAACCUGAAGAAUUCAGGAGUGAAGCUGCUCUCUGUUGGACUGGAGAGUCCACACUGUAAACUGGAGACUCUCAGGCUGAGUGGAUGUAACCGGUCAGAUAGAAGUUGUGAAGCUCUGUCCUCAGUUCUCAGCUUAGAAUCCUCUAGUCUGAGAGAGCUGGACCUGAGUAACAACAACCUGCAGGAUUCAGGAGUGAAGCUGCUCUCUGUUGGACUGGAGAGUCCACACUGUAAACUGGAGACUCUCAGGCUGAGUGGCUGUAACCUGUCAGAGAGAAGCUGUGAAGCUCUGUCCUCAGUUCUCAGCUCCCAGUCCUCUAGCCUGAGAGAGCUGGACCUGAGUAACAACAACCUGCAGGAUUCAGGAGUGAAGCUGCUCUCUGUUGGACUGGAGAGUCCACACUGUAAACUGGAGACUCUCAGGUUGUGUGGCUGUAACCUGUCAAAGAGAAGCUGUGAAGCUCUGUCCUCUGUUCUCCGCACUGAGUCCUCUAGUCUGAGAGAGCUGGACCUGAGUAACAACAACCUGCAGGAUUCAGGAGUGAAGCUGCUCUCUGUUGGACUGGAGAGUCCACACUGUAAACUGGAGACACUCAGUCUGUCAGGCUGUCUGAUCACAGAGAGCGGCUGUACUUCUCUGGUCUCAGCUCUGAGCUCCAACCCCUCCCAUCUGAGAGUGCUUGACCUGAGCUACAAUCAUCCAGGAGACUGGGGGGUGAAGCAGCUGUCAGCUGGAUUGAAGGAUCCGAACUGGAGACUGGACACUCUCAGGCAGGAACCUGGUGGAGAGCAGUGGCUGAAACCUGGUCUGAGGAAGUAUUCCUGUGAACUGUCCCUGGACACAAACACGAUGUACAGGAGACUCAGACUGUCUGACAACAACAGGAAGGUGAGACGGGUGGAUGAGGAUCAGCCAUAUCCUGAUCAUCCAGAGAGGUUUGAGAACUGUCAUCAGCUGCUGUGUAGAGAGGGUCUGACUGGUCGCUGUUACUGGGAGGUCGAGAGGACAGGACAUGUUUUUAUAUCAGUGAGUUACAGAGGAAUCAGGAGAGAGGACAGCGCUGACUCUGUGUUUGGAUACAAUGAUCAGUCCUGGAGUCUGGAGUGCUCUUAUAUAUACGGUUACACUGUCAUUCACAACAAUAGAAGAACAGAGGUCUCCUCCUUUGCCACGCUCUCUAACAGAGUAGCAGUGUAUGUGGACUGUCCUGCUGGCUCUCUGUCCUUCUACACAGUCUCCUCUGACUCACUGAUCCACCUCCACACCGUCCACACCACAUUCACUGAACCUCUCUAUCCUGGGUUUGGGUUGGGAGCUAGUUCCUCAAUGUCUCUGUGUCCUCUGUAGGACGGAGAGUGUCCUCCUGUGCACAGAGACACUCAACCUGCCCCCCCACACACACAAUCUGUGAGUUAAUCACACCACCUCAAAUAUACAAGAUAACAAUGAAUAUAAAACAUAACUCACUGCAUGUCCAAUGUUUAAAAUACCUUUAUAUGUUUAUAUUUAUGUUUCUGGGAAAACCUUUUACUACAUUUAUUUGACACUUUAUUUACUUUGCAUAUUCAGAUUAUAAAACCAACAAUCAACAAAUAAAUGAUGUAUUGUUAUGGAUAAAGAUCAACUGCAGCGGUUAAAUUCACAUGCUACCCAGCAGGUUCUAAGUUCAGUAAUCAAGCUCACCUUUUCAAUCAUGACAAUGUUCAGAAAGCUGCUCUCUCAUUGGUUCAGAUGGUUGUGCUUCCAGCUGGCAGCCAAUCAGAGUGUGAGGCUGCAGAGUGGACAGCAGGAGGCAGCAGAGCCA